AUGGGUAUGAAUAUUGAUGAGUUGGCAACCCGCAGGUAUUUGUUCAAGUUCUACCAUGAGGCUGAUAUAUCUAGGAUCAUUAAUGAUGGCCCGUGGACGUUUGAUAAGAGUUUACUCCUUCUCAAGCGCCUAUCUGAUACAGAAGAUCCUUUAGACAUUGAUCUGAAUACUGCUGAGUUUUGGGUCCAAGUCCAUGGACUACCACCUGGGUUCCGUUCGGAAGCUGUGCUGCGAGGCGUUGGCGAUUUCAUUGGUGUUGUCUACCAUUGUGAUGAACGUAACUUUGAUGGCUCUACGAGAUCUUUCUUCAGGAUUCGUAUUACCAUCGAUGUUACUAAACCCCUGAAGAAAGGCAUGCGGCUGAAAAAAGAGGAUGGUGAUUGGAUUCAGAUUGAAUUCCGUUAUGAACGCCUACCCACCUUCUGUUUCAUCUGUGGAUUAUUGGGGCAUAGUGAUAAGUUUUGCAAUAGAAGAGUGCAAGGUUGGGAUCCUCUGUCUGAGAAAACUUAUGGAUCUGAGCUUCGCGCUGGGUUUCGGCGUAAUAUUCCGACGGGCGGGAAUAGAUAG